CUUUCGCCUACAGGAAAGUGCUGGGAGAGAAAAACAGCGGUUAUAUAGUGUGGACAGACUGUUGUUUGGUUUACACUUUUUGGACACGGUGAGAGUUGAGGGACGCACUUGACGCUUGGAUCGGAAAGCUACUGGUUUUAUACUGCGGAGAAAAGCCAGCAGCAUGUCUGGAUUUGCGACUGGAUGGAUAACGGUUGUGCUUGUUAGGGAGAACUCCUCAAACUAGUCGUUUUUUUUCCCGGGGGGGGAUCCACUUUUUGGGUGGUGUGAUGGUGUACCAAAGGUGUACCACACUAACGCGUUAAUCGCCUGUGCGAAUUCAACAUGACGUUUUUGGAUAGAUGAUAGCCCAGAUAAUGGGCGGGAGGGAGAAUGUGUCCAAAACAUCAAAACCAAGGAGUCCUGCGUACCACAGAUGAGAGAGAAGAGAGCGACACGGUUUGAUUGUAAGGCGAGGAAAAGGUUUAAUUCUGGUAAAAGGUGGAGAACGUGGCGCCGGAAACACCGGGCUGGAAGUCUCCUGAUAGAAGACUCUACCUGGAGUGCAACACCCGAUAGACUACAUGUUUUUAACAUAGUAUACACGUUGGGCGCAACAACAACAAAAAUACUUCCGUGGUUAUUUCAUUACUUUACCCAUGUGUCGUUUUACACAGUCGCCCUGACAGCAUUUGGAGAAAUACAUUUUGGAGAUCCACGCCGACAUAGAAGUAGCGUAUCAUCCAAUACCAAAAGGAAACCCGAACCUCGCUGUAUGAACCUUUUAACUUUGAUCGUUUUUAGACAUUGAAUCCGAAUCCACUUUUUGUUCCACUUGAAGACCGCUCUCCACCGACGCUGAUCUGAUGUAAAUGAACCUAACAUAACCACGUGGUCCCAAACUUGACAUUUUGACCGAUUUGUUUUCUUGAUUCCUCUAUUCUCCUUUCCCCCCCUUUUUUCCCUUUAAAAUUGUAAUUCGGAAUCCAGAAGUGGCUCCGAAGUGGUGUUGCGGCUCCUCGCCCGCAGCGGAUCCGGAGCUGGGAGCGCCUGCAACGGGAGGAGCUGGCGGAGGACCCCCUGCCACACCGCAGGGACCAAAGACCGGUCAGGUGAAAAGGAUGGUUCGAUUGGCGGCAGAACUCUUGUUGCUUUUAGGACUUCUACUUCUUACCUUACACAUCACCGUGUUACGGAGCAGCCCGCUGCACCAAGGGAAUUUUACUUUGAGCCAGGAUCAGCAGGAUACGGUGCUCGCAGAGAAUAAUGUCAGAGAAGAGAGCAGUUCAUCAGCACACCAGGGUCCAGGGGAGCGGAGAGGACCAGAGCACCGGUCAGCCCAGCGGCCCGCUGCCCUCCCUUGGGCCCAGAGUCAGGCUACCGGAGGCAGCCUGCAGAGAGACGGGCCUGGGGCCUUCCUCCUAGACCUCCACAACUUCCCUGAUCUCUCCAAGGCUGAUAUAAACAGACAGAACCCCAACAUACAGGUGACCAUAGAGGUGGUGGACGGUCUAGAGGCAGCAGAGCCCGAGAAAGGCCUGAAGAAAGAGAACAAACCAGGAUGGGCUGCUCCCAACUGGAGGAACUGGUGGCAGACCUCCUCCACCUCCUCCUCGGUCUCGACCCCCCGCAGGCCCGAGGAGCCGGCUAGGGAGCAGCAGCCGCCCUACAGGGGAGAAGGAGAAGGACGAGGGGGAGGUAAAGGAGGAGUUGGUAACACAGAGGAUAGUAACUUCCUAAAGCCACUUGGGGACUGGGAGAGGAGAGGAGGCACAGGAGGAGGCGGAGCAGGCACCAGCAAGGCUCAGACUGAAUAUGACUAUAUAGACGGAGAGGGUGACUGGAGUAACUGGUCUCCAUGCAGUGUAACCUGUAGGAACGGGAACCAGAAGAGGACCAGGUCAUGUGGUUACGCCUGCACCGCCACUGAGUCACGGACCUGUGACAUGCCAUCCUGCCCAGGUAUUGAAGAUGCGUUCAAGACAGCAGCCACUGAGGUCAGUCUGCUGGCUGGAACAGAUGAGUUCAACGCUACAGAGCUCUUUGGUGUCGACACAGACAGCUGUGAGCGCUGGAUGAGCUGUAAGUCUGAGUUCCUGAAGAAAUACAUGACCAAAGUCUCCAACGACCUCCCUAGCUGCCCCUGCUCCUACCCUACCGAGGUGGCCUACAGCACGGCUGACGUCCCCGACCCCGCCACACGCCGGGACUUCCGCUGGAAAGACGCCAGUGGCCCCAAGGAGAAGCUAGAGAUCUACAAACCCACGGCUCGGUACUGCAUCCGCUCUAUGUUAACUCUAGAGUCCACUACUCUGGCCGCACAGCACUGCUGCUACAAUGACAACAUGAAGCUCAUCACCCGGGGUAAAGGAGUUGGAACACCCAACCUCAUCAGCAAUGAGUUCUCUGCUGACCUUCACUACAAGGUAGACAUCCUGCCCUGGAUCAUCUGUAAAGGGGAUUGGAGUCGCUAUAACCAGGUCAGGCCUCCUAACAACGGGCAGAAGUGUCCAGACAACCCGCUGGAUGAGGAUUACCACAAGCAGGUGGAGGAUGCUCGAGAGUUUUAGAACUGGAGAGAUGAACAUGUGAAUCUGAUAAAUGUUUAUGAAUCUGGUACUUCAAUUGGUGCUUCAAACCAUCCAUGAGUGUUUUUAGACUUUGGAACUAGAUGCCAUAUGAACAGGACUGUCUGUUAUCAGCCAACGUGAUAAAGAGACAACUUAUCUCUCACUUGGACACAAGGAACUGUUCUUGUCUUCACCAUAAUCACAGUCUAUAAGUCAUGUUAGGUCUUCAUUUCUAUGACAUAUGCCUCAAAUCAAAUGAUAUUCAAAGUAAAGCUGUAUGAUGGAUUUUGACAAUAUUUUUUCUGAUAAUUCUAUAAAUGUUUGGUUUAAAAGGGAUAGCUUGGUGUAGCUUCAUAAAAAGGGAAAAUUACUUUUCAUGUUUUAGUUUUGUUUGUACGUUUUUUUGUUUGUCUCUGAUUGGCCAAAAGGAGAGCCCAGGGAUUCUUAAUUGGCUGAAUGAUCAGACCCGAAUCUCCAUGUUUUGAGUCACACCCACCUGACCUAUCAGAAGAGAGAGAGAGAGACAUCCCUGACCUAUCAGAAGAAAGAGAGAGAAAGAGAGAUCCCUGACCUAUCAGAAGAAAGAGAGAGAGAUCCCUGACCUAUCAGAAGAGAGUGCGAGAGACACCCCUGACCUAUCAGAAACGAGAGAAAGAGAUCCCUGACCUAUCAGAAGAGAGAGAGAGAGACAUCCCUGACCUAUCAGAAGAGAGAGAGAUCCCUGACCUAUCAGAAGAGAGAGCCAUCCCUGACCUAUCAGAAGAGAGAGAGAGACAUCCCUGACCUAUCAGAAGAGAGAGAGAGACAUCCCUGACCUAUCAGAAGAGAGAGAGAGACAUCCCUGACCUAUCAGAAGAGAGAGAGCGAGAGAGACAUCCCUGACCUAUCAGAAGAGAGAGAGAGAUCCCUGACCUAUCAGUGUCUUUGUGCUGUGGAUAUCACAGUUGUAACUGAGUGUAUGGUAGAGGAGUCUUGUAACAUCCAAAAGCUACAGAGUGAUGGGUUAGCAUUCUGCCCAUUGGUAGAGGAGUCUUGUAACAUCCAGAAGCUACAGAGCGAUGGGUUAGCAUUCUGCCCAUCGGUAGAGGAGUCUUGUAACAUCCAGAAGCUACAGAGUGAUGGGUUAGCAUUCUGCCCAUCGGUAGCUGUAAUAUUCAGGUUCCCAUGUAUGCUUAUAAGCUUGUUUAUUUAGCAUGCUGUUCUUCUUUACCAAUCUCCCCUCUUCUGUAUUGAUUCCUCCCUCCAGAUAAUUAUCGCCGAUAUAAAAAGCCUGCGUUAUUUUUGUAGAGUAUUUAUUAAGCUGUAGCUUUAUGUCCCAAAAUUGUUGGGUGUCCAUGAUCGUUGUCGCUGAUUGGUUGAUUUGUUUCUGACUAGAUGCUAACUUGAGAUGGGACCCACACUCAAACUAAAUCAUCAUGAUUGGCUUAAAUCAUUUGUCGAUUGAUCAGAGGUUUGAGUCAAAAACAUUGAUUGAGCCACUCAUCUCAAGUUAGGAUUCAGCCCAGAAGAAAACAAGAAUAGGAAAUGUGUGAAUACAGCUGUACGGGAAAAAGAUUGUGAUAUAAAUGUUUAAAUAAAAAACAUGAAGUGA